AUGUCAUCCCCUGAGCAAAGUGAAAUAAGCCCAAAGGCAAAUGUAGACAGGCAUACCCAAUUUGUCUUAAAGUGCCGGAAACCCAUUCAGCCUUACAUCUGCUCAACUCUGAAGGAUUUUCAAGAAGAGAGAGACUUUUUGGCCAACUACAUCUUCCCUCAACUUAAUGAACUCUGCAGUGUCCGGGGCACUUAUUUCAAAGCUGGAGACCUCAGGUGGUCAGGGUUAAAGGCCUCACCACCCUUGCCCUCCAGCCUGUUUAGACAGCAUUCUUGUCUCCACUCCCAGAACCUGAAGCUCUGUCUUGACUAUGUGAAUAGCUGCUUCCCCUUUUUCAUCGGCAUGUUGGGUCAGACAUACGGGGACUUUGUCCCUGACCACGUGCUUUUAAUGAUCUCCAAAGUGACAGACUUGUCCAGUUUAUCCACCGUAGAGCAGAAUCUCUAUGUUGCUGCAAAAAAUGGUUACUCUUGGGUCCUGGAGAAUCCCAACUACAGUUUGACAGAGUUUGAGAUCAUCCAAGCAGCAUUUCGGAAUGAAUCUCAGUUUCAGUAUUUUUACUUUAGGAGUGGAAGCACGCUGCUGAAGAUUUUAGAUGAGGAAAAGGAGAGGCUGUCCUCAGGCUCUCUGAAUGACGAAGAAAAAUUAAAGAUUGAAAAGCUGAAGGCCAAGAUUAUUAGUAAAGGCUUCCCUGUUCGAUUUUAUAAAGAUCUCCAUGAGUUGGGUGAGCUGGUUUUUAAGGACUGGUCAGUUGUGAUAGCACAACUUUACCCAGACACAUUAAUGAUUGAAAAUAUAGACUAUAAGCACAACUUUGAAUGUUACCAUCAUGAAGACUUUACUGAGAAGUGGAAGCAAGUGUUUGUUAUUUCCAAGGAAUCAAACAGAACCUUCGAAGUCUUGGAAAGAUUUGCCUUAGAGGAUGUGGAAGUUGAAUUUAGCAAUUCUGUGGCAGGUUCCAGUUUAGAUUCUAUUCUCAGGUAUUUCAGAAUAAAUCCUGUUCCAGUUUACAAGUCCAUUUUGCUCUUGUCUGGAGAACGUGGUUGUGGGAAGUCUACUCUGAUCGCCAACUGGGUGAAUUAUUUCAAAAAGAAAUAUCCCAGCAUCUUGAUGAUCCCUCAUUUUGUGGGCAAUACUUGUGAAAGCAGUGACAUCAUGUCUGUGAUACAUUAUUUCAUCACAGAGUUACGGUACAAAAACUAUGGUACUCAGCUUGAAACUGAUAUUCUUAACGAAGACUCAAAUGUCUUGGUCUUUUCGCUUCUUGUGGAAGUGUUCAUUGCUUCCAUCAGUUUAAAGCCAUGUAUACUUGUCCUAGAUGGAAUCGAAGAACUGAUUGGCAUUUAUGGGAUUUCAGGACAGAAGGCACAGAAUUUUUCUUGGCUGCCAGGCUCACUGCCUCCUCAUUGCAAAUUUAUCAUGAGCACCGUCUCCUCCAGCCUGUCCUACAAGUCGCUGUGUGCCCGCCUGGAUGUGAAGACAGUGGAGCUCCUUAGUGUAGGAGAUGAAGAAGUGAAACUAAACAUCUUUAGACAGCAUCUCUUUGUUCCCAACAAAGACCCCCUCUGACAGAGCAAAUACACUUUGAGGAAGAAACCAAACCUGAAUCCUUUAAAACUCACAAUCCUGGCAAACGAACUGAGAGAAUGUAGAAUCUACUGAAAUGAGUAUCAGUGUCUGAAGGAGUACUUGGAGGUGGUCUCCAUUCAGGAGCUCUGGGAAUUGAUUCUGAAACGCUGGAUUGAAGACUAUAGCUGGACUUUUACGCCAAAAAGGGCCAAUUCAGACAUGGCGGCUUCAGGAGAAGGUGUGAUCACUCCUGUCAGAGAAAGUAGUCCAUACAUCUUUGAGAAUCCAACAAACCACAGGAAAACACAUUUCCACCGAAUCUUAGUCCGAUACUUUCAACGGCAAACCACUUUCUGGAGAGUGUACGAGGAACUGCCCUGGCAUAUGAAGAUGAGCGUCCUGGGGGACUUGUGCAGCUUUCUCUCAAGUCCUAGCAUCACAGACUUCAUAUCAAAGAUCCAAAACUCAAGCUUCUGGACAAGGCUGCACCUCAUCCACUACUGGAACAUGUUAUCAGAAGUUGGCUAUGAUGCUGCUGGGGCUUAUGUGUUCACAGUGUCUAAGAUUAAAGCCGACAGGUGCCAUAAGGCGAGGAGGAGGAGAUGUUCGCUCUCAGUGCUGGAAUGCAGGCUUUUUGAGGUCACCACCAUUAACAAAUGCCGAUUAAUGUUCUUUAUCGGGAAAUUUCUGAAGCUUAGAGGCAAGACCAAGGAAGCAGAAGGGCUAUUCUUGAGCAUCAAGAACAUGCUAGCACAGAGCCAGGCCCUGACACAGGUGCUUCCCACUGUGCAGAAUGCCACUGGAGAGCUCUACCUUGAGGUCGGGCUGACCCACGAGGGAUUCCAGUGUUUCCAGAAAGCCUGGUCCAACCUCAUGGAGUUUUCACCUGGCGACAUCAAAGACAAUCAAGACGUCGUGAGGCAGAAAGGUUGGCAAUGUCUGGUGGUCAUCCGGCCAAGGUGA